AUGCUCCUAGGCCUCAGCGGCCUUGGAGCAGCCUUCUGUGGCAUGCCAGACCUGACCGACGAGGACCACACCAUAAUGCGCCAGCUGCAAGCAAAUACUUCCAGCCGACUAGACGCUCGGGCUCUGUCGAUAGAUCCAAUUCAGGUCCAUGUCCAUGUUGUCACAAACUCCAGCCAGAACGACCUUUAUACGGAUGAUGUCCAGAAAAAUAUCGAUGCCAUCAACGAAGGCUUCGCCGACACCGUAUUCAACUUCAAGCUCGUGGAAACCAGGGCCAUCGUCUACCAAUACGAUGGCGAGCUAAAGUCUGGAUCGGAUGCUGAAAAAGCUGUCAAGCAACACCGCAUCGGCAACGCCAAUACCCUCAACAUCUAUUUGGUACCACGUACCCGCCAGGGAGCUCUAGGAUACGCGUCGUUCCCGUGGGUCUACAAGGACAAACCUUUGAGGGACGGCAUCGUGAUGAGGAGAGCCAUUCCCAAGGGAAAAAACAAAAAGACCACCUUGGGCAAGCCCUUGGUCCACGAAGUUGGCCACUGGCUUGGCCUGUUCCACACCUUUCAGGGCGGUUGUACCGAGCCUGGGGACUACGUUGACGACACCCCGGCCGAAACUAAGGGUGAGAGAGGCUGUCUUGUUGGCCUCGAUUCAUGCCCGGACAAACCUGGGCUGGAUCCGAUUCAUAAUUACAUGUCCUAUCAUGCCAGCAAGUGUAAGUCGGAAUUCACGCCUGGCCAGAUACGGCGUAUGGAGGACUCUUGGAAGAAAUACAGGGCUUUCCCAGCUACGACUACUCCACAGAGCAGCCACUCUCCUUCAAGUAGCAAGGCUAUCCCAUCAAGUAGCAAAGCCACGGUUUCAAGUAGCAAAGUCACUCUUUCAAGUACAAAAGCCGCUCUUUCCGGUACAAAAGCUGAGCAGACUAAGGCAGGCUAG